GUAACCAUCCAAGACGACUGUACUUGGUUUGUACUUUGUACUAUGGAGUUUGCAGUUCAACUUCUCUCCUACUGCUUUUGACCCUUUCCGCGAACUAAGCAGCAGCAUUAUCUCAUUUUCCCAAAGGGCAAGUCAGCAUAACCUGCUCAAAAUCUUCUUCACAGCUAUCAUCUCCACAGCCAUCGUGUCUGAUUCAAUUGGAUAACUAAUCUUGUGCAUUCUUCUUGCUUUAUUCUUUCCGUUUUUAAAAAAAAUCUUCUCCAAUCAUUAAAGAAGUUUUGAAAAGUCCUAAUUUGGGGUUUAUGGUUUCUAGAAGGUUUGAAAAGUUCUAAUUUGGGGUUAGGAUCUUUAUUAAAUUCUAUCGCUAGAAGACGUUUAGGGUUCUACCCAUAAAGUUGAAAAGCUUUCAAAUGCUGUGAAUUCUGAACACAAUCGAGAGCAGCAGCAGAAACCCAAACUCCAUUUUCACGUUUUUCUGUAUAUUUAUUGGAAUAUCUAUCAAUCACUGAAGAAGCUAAAAAUUAAUAGAGUUGUGGAUUUUUCUCUGAAUCUAUUCGAUGGAAGUACAAAAUGCCCAACCAGGGCAUAUCGUUGAAAUAAGCAGAGACGUGAUAUCUGAAGGAUCAAGUCAUGGGAUUACCAAAACUUGUAGUGGGCUGCCGUGUGGCUUUUCUGAUGUGGGAGCACUUUCUAAGGAUGCCAAAGAACGUGCAGCAUCCAUGAGGAAGCUUUGGAUUUCUAUUGCCCUUUGUAUUGUUUUCAUGACUGUAGAAAUUGUUGGUGGUGUUAAAGCUAAUAGUCUAGCGAUUUUAACUGACGCCGCUCAUCUCCUAUCAGAUGUUGCAGCUUUUGGCAUCUCUUUAUUCUCUUUGUGGGCAACAAGUUGGGAAGCAACUCCACGACAAUCUUAUGGUUUCUUUAGGAUUGAGAUCCUCGGGACUCUAGUUUCCAUCCAGAUGAUAUGGCUCUUAGCUGGAAUAUUGGUAUACGAAGCCAUUUCUAGAAUCAUCAAUGAUACAGGUGAAGUUCAAGGGUUUUUAAUGUUUCUAGUUUCUGCUUUUGGUUUGGUGGUUAAUAUUGUCAUGGCUGUUCUAUUGGGUCAUGAUCAUGGACAUGGUGGGCAUGGUCAUGAUCAUGGUGAGCAUGGUCACGAUCAUGGCCACGGCCAUAACCAUAGCCAUGAUGUUCAUGAUCCUCAUUCACAUACCCACAGUCAUGACCAUGAGCAUGGUUCAGACCAUUCAGAGCCGUUGCUGAAAUCUUCUGAAGUUGGCCGUAAAGAGAAGAAGAAAAGAAAUAUCAACAUACAAGGAGCUUAUCUGCACGUUCUCGGUGAUUCAAUUCAAAGUAUUGGGGUUAUGAUUGGAGGGGCAAUCAUCUGGUAUAAACCUGAAUGGAAAAUAAUCGACUUGAUUUGUACACUCAUCUUCUCGGUAAUUGUGCUCGGAACAACUAUUAGAAUGUUGAGGAACAUACUAGAAGUUCUUAUGGAAAGUACACCGAGAGAAAUCGAUGCAGCAAUGCUUGAGAAAGAUUUGUGCGAGAUGGACGAAGUUAUUGCUAUUCAUGAACUUCACAUUUGGGCAAUCACUGUUGGUAAGGUACUCUUGGCAUGCCAUGUUAAGGUAAAGCCUGAUGCUGAUGCAGAUUUGGUGCUGGACAAAGUUAGCGAUCAUAUUAAGAGGGUUUACAAUAUAAGCCAUUUAACUAUACAGAUAGAACGCUAGAAGCAUGAUCUAUGAGUGUGGGUUAUGUUGAUUCUUCAGUUCGGCCGAGUUACUCACUACCUGGCCAAGCCAAUUCUAGAUUCCUCACCGAGUACAAGCAAGUGUUGGCAAGUAAAUCACCGAAGAUAUCCGAGUUUCACCAGUCUGAGUUUUGUGUAUGCCUGUGUUUGAAUUUUUACUGGUCUAUUUGUUUGUAAUGAUUCCUUUAAUGUUGAAUGUAUAUUUCCUUGUAUUUGCAUUCCUUUUUGUGUACUCUCAAGGAAGAGUGAAACUGACGA